AUGUCAACAACCACCCUGCUCCAUGGCGGUACGACACCCCUCGCCGCGCUCACCACCAUAUUCACACCACCUCCCAACUGCGCCACGAGCACAUGGCUGUUGACCACCACCGAAGCGCCUUCGCAAUACCCGCCCUUCCCGACUGAAGGGCCAUCCUCCUGCAACAUCCCGCGAUGGGAGGACAACAUCGACGAGGGCUCAUACGACUUCUAUUCACCGGCCAUCUGCCCAUCCGGCUUCGUCGUCGGCCCCUCCUGCACCUCUGUGCAGGUCAAGACUUCAGAUGACUUCCCCAAGGUCGAGGCUGGAGAGACGGUGGCGUUUUGUGUGCCGAGUGGCUACUCUUGCACCGCCGAUACGACAGAGGGUGGGGUCUGGGGCAUGACCCAGACAGAAGUGUUCGCUGCACAGGUCACAGUAGCACCGGCAAUUCAGAUCCGAUGGAGAGAUUUCGACCUGACUUUGUUUCCAACACACCCCCUGAGCCCCGGAGUUACCAUCGGCAUCGGCCCCAAGCCUACACGAGCUACUCCUUCUUCGCCUCCUCCUGGCCCUACCGGGCCCGCGGGUGGUAAUGGUGUUAUCGUGGUGCCUUUGCCGACUGUUCCACGAUCUACGGUGCUCACUUCGACGACCGGCAAGAGCGACGCCACAGCGCUGCCCAUACCCAACCCAAACAGUGCUUCACAGCCGCGCAUACCAGACGACCAGGCCGCGUCGCCUGCCACAACCACCCGUCUGAACUCGUCGACGGCGACGACCGCCGCAUCAACCGGACGCAGCAGCCAGUCUGCAGACCUGACAAAGGCAUCUCCCAUGGAAUCGACAAAUUCACAUGGGCUACCGCUCGGCCCGAUAAUUCUGGCUUGCCUAAUUAGCGUGCUUAUCUUCAGCGCAAGCGUUUUCUUCUUUUCUAAGCGCCGGAGAGACAGGGGAGGGAGUGGGUCGGGGACACAGCCGCCUCUGUUGCCGGUCGGCGUGGGAGUGUGGGUAGGAAGCAGCCACGAAGGUGAUAGCAAAAGGAAAAUGGGUUCAAUACCAACAAUGUGGACAAAAUGGAUCAUGGCUCUGCGCAAAAAGUCGAACCGACAAGUUGGCGACGGUUGGCCGAAUCAUGACAUUGCCAGCGAUGCGCAAAAACAAAAAUCGAGAUCACGGGAUACAAUGGGCUGGGCCGGGUGUCCGGCAGAGGGAGCCCCUGGUUCCAAGGAAAACCCAGCCGAGCUGGAGCAACUGGGGAAUGGGCACGACUCUGAAGCACAGCAGAGGUGGAGCUGGGUGUCUAGGAUGUUCAGCAUACGAGCUUCGCGGCAGGGCGAACAGGACGACGACGACGACGACGACGACGACGACUAUUUCAAGUCUAGCGUUAUGAGCAGUAGGAGGACAACAAGAUCUUCCCGCUGGACGGUUUCCGACGCCGAAGCUAUGACUGGCGAUAGGCAACACGACUUGACGGCCCCGGGGGCAUUGUGGCCGCCCGUGCCUGCGGUGCCGAGGUUGCCAAGGCCACUACCUGCGGUGCUGAUCAGCAGCCCCAAGAGCCCGACGUUGACGUUGAGGCCAAUGACUGCCCGCAGUGCUUUCACCGUGAGGACCGAGACGACGGAAAUGAGUGAUAUAAGCGAGGAAAACGACAUGCUGAGUCGCUUGUCACUAACGCGCAUCUCGUGCUACACGGGGGCUGGUGGUCUGCUGUCGCCUAGAAGUUCGUCGCGGAGACUGAGCCACAUAAGUGGUGGUACCUUUGGACCAGGUGGUGGUGGUGGUAGUAGUAGUAGUAGAAAUAGCCACAGCCGCUCGUCCCGGGCAACUCCAGAAUCAUAA